CGUUCGUCCGCGUUUAAGACAUUUUCACUGUGUUUUUCUUUAAAAUAAAAGGAAUUUGUCUGUUUUCUGCCUGGGACAGAAGCGAAAACGGAAGUACGUUGGGGUCAACCUCGGUGCUUCCCGUCGUCCUCUGGGCUAACUACCGGAAGUCGUAAACUAGCAUGUGAAGAUAGUUAGACUCUCAGCAGUGGCGUUUCUGAUCAGUUAGUAACGAUUAAGAAAAUGUGACACCCUUUUAUACAACUCGGUCCAACCUUUCUAGCCAGUUUUGCUGAAAAUGUCAGUGUUUAGCUUCACCGCUAAACGCACAUGCCGCGGUGUGCCACUGAAAAUCUUUCGACCAUCAUUUAACGUGUUGACAAACGCGACCAACUUCCACAGAAGAAGAGACAGCAGCCCGCAGAGCCACAUCGCAACUGUAGGCCGUCUGUUUAGCUCUGAACCGCGCAAUCCCAAGGUCCCAGAGUUCCCGACGUGGGAAUUAGUACCAGAGGACCAACUACCCCCGCCUGCCCAAAUCUCUGGUGACCUGGUGGACAAACUGGAGCGCCUGGCCUUGGUUGACUUCCGCACCAAACAGGGACUGGUGUGUUUGGAGAAAGCUAUACGAUUUGCAGAUCAGCUUCAUGGUGUUGACACGUCAGGGGUUGAACCAAUGGAUUCGGUUCUGGAGGACAGGUCCUUAGAGCUGAGGGACGAUGCAGUGAUGGAAGGAGACUGUGCUGAAGAGCUGCUUCAGCUCUCCAAAAACACAGUUGAAGAAUAUUUUGUGGCACCGCCCGGAAAUAUUCCUCUGCCAACGAGGGAGAAGAGGGCUGCCAUGCUGAAACACUCAGAGUUCUGAUGUUCAUGAAUUUUUCCUUGAUAUUUAUUGCUGAUUUUUUAUUUCUGUUUCUAUGUGAAGAUUGUUUUCAUAGUAUUUGGAAAUUGAAACCUGCUGUUGAUAGAUUUUCUGGUUUCAUUUAUGUUUCAGCCUCAGUUUAGUUUCAGUGUCACAGGUUGUGAGUGAGCAUUGUUAGCAUUCAGUGACAUGCAGUGCAGCUGCACAGUGGAAGUACAUUGUUGUUGUUUUCAUUUGUGAUUUACACCAUAGUUUGCAUGUGUCCAGCUUUAAUUCUGGUGUUGAACUUUAAAAAAAAAACAAAUCCAAACAUUUAA